CUUGUUUUACCUUUUUCCUUUAUAAUGCUUGUUUCAGAGCCUGAGUGUCUAGUUUCAGGUGUUAUCUUGAGCUGACAAGAAUCUUAGUGCAGACUUGCUGGAGCACCUGCAAAAGACAUGGCUAGGAAAAAUGUAACAGACAUAAGACAGAUGAUGGUGGUCAUAUCAAUGAUGGAAGAAUGGUCUGCUCUGAAAUCUCUGCCUCAGGAUAGCUCUGAGGAUGAAAGUCACAAGUUAAGUUUUAGAUCUGUGGGAUCAAACCAAGUCUGUGAUUUGACUGUGGAGGAUCGUUCGAUCAGCUUGCACUAUGCAGAGUUAAAGGAAAACAUGACAGAGGAGAGCAUCUGUGAGACAAUCGAUAGCUGUUUCAAGUCUUGCACAGAGGAAAUCAGAACAUUUCUGUUGCUGAUCCAAGGUGGCUGUUACACAAUGAGAGAACAAAGACUGACAGGGAUCCUUCAGGCCCACUUUGGAGCUGAGGCUUUAAAAUACUUAAUUGUCCUCUCUGUGGAAGAUGGAAAGGUUGUUGACACAUUAGAUGACGCCCUGCUAGAUUUGAUAAAUGUAUGUGAUGGCAGGUACUGCCGAGUUAGGUCCUCUGCUCCGGGUGGCGGGCUGCACACCCUGCUCGAGAUGGUUGACUACCUGAUGACUGAAAAUGGCGUCACAGGUUACACUGAAAGCAUGCUAAGUGAAUCCAUGAAACGUAGGACAGAAGACUCGGCCAUGAACAUGCUGAAAAUGAAAGUACGCGAGGCAGAAGAGAAGGAGCAAGCUUUCAUGCAGCUACUUCAACAACAGGAGCAGAGAAGAGCCAAGGAGCUGGAGGAGCUGAACGCAAAGCACGAUGAGGAAAGAAAGAAGGAGGGAGCUGAACAAAAGCAGUAUGAGGCAAAAAGAGAGAACCUUGAGGAGGCUGUAAGAAGCCACAGAGCCAUGUUGCAACUUCAGAUCAGUGCCCCUGAUGAGGAUGAAAAGAAUAAGAUCUCUGUGAUCUUUCUUGGUCUCAGUGGCAGCGGUAAGUCUUCUGCUCUGAAUGUAAUCCUAGAGAGAGCAGGUAGCCAGUACUCAAUUAACGGAUCCACUCAUGAACCGGCCCUACCGACCGUGUUUUGCGAGAGAAAGGAGGUAUACGCAGCAGGGAGGAAGCUCAUCCUCGUCGACACCCCUGAGCUGUGGGACGAAGACGGGGUGGAGAAUGUAGAGCUGGUGAAGGACUGCCUGGCUCUGGCCGUACCUGGGCCCCAUGUUUUCCUGCUGGUGCUCCAGGUGGGACGCUUCACCCAGGGAGAGUGCGAGAUGUUCAGACACCUCCAGAAGAUCUUUGGACGAGAAUUCGCAGAGCAUGCCAUCGUGUUGUUCGUUCAAUUCGACAACAACAAGUGCAGGCCUCAGAAAAUCAACAACUAUGUUGCUGGUGCUCAUUCAGCCCUGCAGGAUCUUGUCCGGAAGUGCGGGAGCCGUUAUUAUGAGCUAAACAUUAUAAAAUCCCAGAAUGCUUUGAGCUAUCCUCAGGUGAAAGAUUUGCUGUCUGGGAUCAGUAAACUGGUUGCCUCACAUGGAGGACACCCCCACAUAGUGAAGAGAUUUUCUUUGCAGGAGCUGCAGGAACGAGACAAAGUGAUUGAAGAGAGGAAGGAAGGAGCACUGGAAGUGAACUACUUAUUAAGAGAAAAUUAACUUCUCUUUCUUAUAAAAAGGGGAACACUGCAGAUGGAAAAGCAGUACAAUGAUGUACCCUAGAGCCUUGAACCUUUCUUAAACUUCCUGAUUGGUAAAAAAAAAAAAAGUGUUAGUGUAGAUGUUUUAAAUUGGAUUGAAUUACAUUAAACCUUUGUUUCCUUUAUUUGAUACUCAUGUGGUAGCAUGGUUUGCUUUUGAAGGUUGAAUCACUUGCAGAAAAUGUCCUUGUAAUCUUUUUUAUUGUCUUUAUAACCUUUGUAUUUUAAGUUAACUAGCUAUGAAUACCUUUAAAUGACUGUUAAGAUGUACUGUCUUUUAGAAAUGUGAGCCUCUUGGUAGAACACAAUGGCGGGGGUGAUGCUGUGGAUUUGAUCAAGCUAAACAAAUCAGUGGAGCAUGUUGGGAACUACUCACAUACCUGCUUGUCUGCACAGACCAGUGAAAGGAGGAAAAGAAAAAUUACAUGCGCUCUUUUUAUUUGCUUUUGGACUUCCUCACCACUGGUAUGAAGACUGGAAAGUUUAUGAGAUCUGUUGUUGUUGUUGUUGUCUUGAUUGCCUGAGUCUUGAAGACAAUUUUACAAAUGUUUCCACUUGCCAAUAAGCUGACACACAUGUAUUAAAAUUACAACAGUGAUGCAUAAAUUGUUUAGAUGACAUCUUGGUGUUGUGUUCCAACAUUGUAAACUUUGGCUUUUAACCAUAUUUUCAGUUAGUCUGAUCUAUUAUUGUUUGUCUUUCUACUCACAAAGUACAUUUGGAACUUUAUUGCCAAUAGCACAACUUACAGGUAGUAUUAAACAAAACUAAACAAGAGGAAAAGGCACCGACUGACUUUCAGGGUUGGCUUCAUUUGAAAUAUAGUUUAGCUACAAACAGAUAAAUGAACUGUAGAUAGAACAAGGCUUUUAUCCCCAAAAAGUUCGGAAUGGAUCGUAAUCAUAAUUAAGGUAGACAACAAUGAUAAGUGUCCAUCUUCUUAUAAGUUAAAGUAAUUAAAGCUGUAUAAUAUAUCUGGCAUUUUUUGAUAUCUCUGUCACUCACUUUUUAAAAAUCUAUGUUUUAUUGUUGGAAUACGUAGAUGAAAUCAUAAUUCGAUAUUGGUUGGAUCCUUUUUCAGAACGCCACAGUCAGUGUGUUUUGUGAUGUGAUGUCUAAUUUUUAGAUGUCUAUACAUAAGUCACCUAGGAGUAAGCCAAUUAUUUUUUCCUGGAGUAGAUAAUGUGAACACGUUUCCAUCAAAUAAUUGGUUUAUUCUUAACUUUUGGCCUAUCUUCUAUUAACAAUAACAAGUACAGAGGGGGGACACUUGAUAUUUCCUAGUGAACAGUAGGCAUGGUCCAUGACCUGCUACUUUCCCCUUUAAUUGCAUGCACUGCAUUCCAUACCUGCAGUGUUUGUUUAACCUGUGUAUUACGUUAAUUUUCCUCUGAGACUGUUGACUAAGACAUUGCACUGUAGAUAUUAAUAUUCCUGGAGUUCUGUUUAACAGAACCAAUCUCUUCAUCUCUACUACUGUUCUGAGCUGGGAUGCCCAGUAAUACAAUCUUAUUUUAGGUAGAAUCUAUCUAUCUAUCUAUCUAUCUAUCUAUCUAUCUA